CGCCACACGUAAACAACAUCGGCGGAUCAUAGGGGAACGUUUGUGGCUGCAAACAUUUUUUUCCAUUUAAAACUGUAUACAAAGCAGUAGUUAUUGUGAUACUUAUAAGUUAUCACCAGCAUGUUAUGAAGAAAUAUACCAUGUAACGUACACUACUUGGUAAAACCUUUUAACUGAGUUUUCGUCGAAACCGGGAACUGCAUCUGCCAUGCCUUCCACCAAUGUUGCCGCGGUAUUUACACGUAGGAGCAGCAGGUGGAAGGCUUUGGGCCACACGUUACAUCAUAGGACACUAUGCAAUGUGAAGAGCGGCCGGCGGCGAGGUGCUGAACCAUCAACACAAUACUCUGCCACAGUUCAGCUGCCUCGCACCAGCCUUCCCCUCAGGGUGUCAGCAGCUAAUCGGGCGCAGCUGGAAGCUUCUAUACAACAGGCUGCUGGCUUUGACUCCCUGUACGCGUGGCAGCGUGGACAGAAUCGAGAAAAAGAGUUUGUGCUGCAUGAUGGACCACCCUAUGCAAAUGGUCGCCCUCACAUUGGUCACGCUGUCAACAAGAUCCUGAAGGACAUUACCUUACGUCAGAAGUUGCUGCAGGGUUACAAGGUCCACUACAUCCCAGGCUGGGACUGCCAUGGUCUGCCUAUUGAACUCAAGGCUUCUCAGAUAGAUAAGAAAAAGAAGACUCCAGAAAAUCAGCUUUCAUCUGAUAGUGCUACUUUGGAGAUCAGGAAUAAUGCACAAAGGUUUGCAGUGGAGGCUUUGGAGAUUCAGCGUUCAGUGUUCCAGCGCUGGGGUUUGCUGGCUGACUGGGGUGAGGUGUAUCGCACUCUGGAUCCUCAGUACGUCUCCCGCCAGCUGCACCUCUUCAUUGACCUCUACGAGAAAGGAUUCAUUUAUCAGGACUACAAGCCAGUAUACUUCUCCCCGAGUCUUGGAACAUCACUGGCUGAGGCGGAGCUUGAGUAUGAGCCUCAGCAUGUAAGCCCCUCAGUGUUCCUUGCCCUGCCUGUCACUUCAGCCCUGCCUGCCACUUUGGAUAGACUACCCAGUGCUGCCCAGUCUCAGCUCUAUCUACCCAUCUGGACCACCACUCCCUGGACGCUGCCCCUCAACCAGGCCAUUUGCUUUGCUCCAGAUAAACCGUACCUCUUGGUGUGGGUGUGUUGGAAGGAUCAAAGGCUGGUAUUAGUCUGGAGUGAAGAGCUGUUAUAUGAACUAGAGAGGAUCGUUGGAAAAGACCAGAUUACCGUCAUGGGUCAUAUUGAAGAGCAGGAGCUGGCUGCUCUGAGAUACCGAGCACCCUUGGAUCAGCGUGAAUGCCCUUGUUUGCCAGCCAGUCACGUCACGAUGGUCAAGGGCACUGGUUUGGUGCACACAGCCCCAGCUCAUGGCCAUGACGAUUUCCUUGUGGCCUUGCAAUAUAAACUACCUGUGGAAUGCCAAGUGGAUGAGCAAGGCAAGUUUAUGGAUGGAGUGAUGGCAGAACUCAGGGGACUUAAAGUAUUGGAGGAAGGUAACCAGUCUGUCCUGCAGCUUUUGGCUGAUAAUGGAGGGCCUAGAGGAGCCUUGCUGCUCAAAGAGGAGUCAUACACACAUUCUUAUCCCUACGAUUGGCGUACACGGAAACCUGUCAUCAUCCGGGCCACCAAGCAGUGGUUCAUUGACACUCACCGGAUCAAGGAGGCUGCCUUGGCUGCCCUGGAAGAAGUUGAAAUACUCCCCCAGCGGCUGGAGGCAGGGAUGAUCUCUCAGUUGAAGAAUCGCCCUUAUUGGUGCAUCUCUCGUCAGCGUGUCUGGGGAACGCCAAUCCCUGUAUUUUAUGACCCAGACACUAACCAGCCUAUUGUAGAAAGGAGUAUCAUUCAGCAUGUGGCCAAAGUGCUGGAGGAGGAAGGGAGUGAUAGUUGGUGGAGUAAGGGAGAGAAUGACUUACUUCCUCCAGCACUGAUAGAGAAACUGCAAAAGAAUGGCAAACCUCUACCAAAGAAAGGAUCAGACAUUCUAGACAUCUGGUUUGAUUCUGGUUCUUCAUGGCACUGUGUCUUGGGAGAACCCAAGGCUGAUCUCUACUUGGAGGGAGUGGACCAAUUCAAUGGAUGGUUCCUUUCAUCUCUGCUCACAUCUGUAGCAGCCACUGGGAAGGCUCCAUACAGGAUGCUGUAUGUGCAUGGGUUUGCCCUGGAUGAGCAUGGCCGCAAGAUGAGCAAGUCUCUGGGUAAUGUAGUGGAUCCACAGGAAGUGACUGAUGGAGGGAAGGAUUCCUCCAGAAAGCCUGCCUAUGGGGCUGAUGUGCUCAGGUGGUGGGUUGGAAGCCAUGCAGCAGACCACUCCACCAUGACCAUUGGGCAGCAGCAUCUUGAACAGGGACGGGACAGUGUUCAGAAGAUACGUGCUGUGCUUAGAUUCUUGCUUGCUUCUGUCAAGGAUUACCAACCCUGUCAGCACAGUCUCCCUGUCCAGGACUUGAGACCCAUUGACCGCUACAUGCUGCAUCUCCUUCAUUUCCAUAUACAAAAGGUUUGGUUGCACUACAACAACAUGCGUUACAACUGGGUGGCCAAGGCUUCCCUCACAUUCAUCAAUAACACACUCUCAGGCUUGUACAUCUCUUCCAUUCGGGACAGACUGUACUGUGAUGCUCGUCUGGGUAGCAGGCGUAUGUCAGCCCUGUUGGUCCUCCAUCACCUGCUACACCAACUGUUACUCUCUUUGGCCCCCAUCCUUCCCCACCUGGCAGAGGAAGUGGCACAGCACUUCACUGAUGCUAAUGACUGGCGUGUGUUUCAUCAGGUCAUUACAGAGCUGCCCUCAUCAUGGCAUCAACCACAACUUGCCAGUGCAUUUGAACAGUGUCUCACUGUUCGUGAAAGACUUUUUAAGUCCUCCCCAGCUUCAGAUUGGUCUAAGCUACAAGUUCACAUUACAGCUGAGAAGAAUUUAAUGGAGAACCUGAGGCUGCUGCAGACUAGUCACACAUCCUCCCACUCUGGUCUUUGUGAAUUGUUGCAAGUAUCUCAUGUCACCCUUGAAACUAACCAAGAGGAGAAAGAUGGCUUUUCCUUAAGACUUUCAAAGGCAGAAGGUGGCAAAUGUCUAAGAUGUCGGCGUUACACAACAGAAGGAGGAGCAGAGUUGUGUGCCCGUUGUUUGGAGGUCAUCUCUUCGCAUGAAUAGGAGGUGGAGCUUACUAAUGCAACACUAGUUUGCCCAGGUUCAAAAUUAUGUCAGAGUUUCUUUACCUAAUGAUAUGAUUGUAAAGUAUUUUGUAAAUAUACACUAUGUAGGUUGUUCGAUUAAGUGCUGAUAUGUAAAAUAUUGUGUAAAUAUGAACUACAAGUAAUUCAAUACAGACAAGAAAACUUUUAUUAAAAAGUCAACUUCUAA